AUGACUGAGCUUGAGGUAGUUGCGCCAGACGUCUACUCGCAACUCGCAUGCAACUCUCAGCCACUGUCGACAAGACCAUUUCGGACACAUCGCAUCUUUGUUUGGUACGAUUAUUUCUGCUGCCCACAGUUGGACGACAAAUCCAGCGGCCACUUGGGUGAAGACGACGAACUUUCCAAGGCAGUGGGCAGCAUCCCUGCAUAUGUGGGUCGAUGUGAGUUUUUCUUGGCCCUCUGCCCAGUUGUGGAGGCCAAGUGCUUGUCAAAAGUAAUCUCAUAUGACACAUGGUCCCAGAGAGGUUGGUGUCGUGUAGAAUUGGAAAUGCGAAAGCUCUCCUGUGACCAUACUUGGAUUAUGAUCAAAAAUGGCAGAAUGCUUGAAGCAAUUGCCACACUUGGUGGCAGCAUUGGCGGAUCUCCAGGAGAGGGCCAGUUUACUGUUCCAGAGGACAGAGUCAGAUUAGCUCCCGUGGUGCUGGGCGCUCUGUCGCGCAAGCUAGACUUGUUGCUUACAACUGGAGACUUGGUGGGCUACCGCAUGUUGCUGAACAUGCAGUCGGUCCACCUGCGAGACCUGCCCCAUGACGGCUUGCUUGAGCCCAUUCCGGGCUUUGUUGACCGCCCGGGUCAGGACAAUGUAUCUGCGGCAGCAGCACGCUUCAUGUACCAAAAUGGCUUUGAAACUGUGCACGAGGCAGACUUUGGUGGCUGGUUCCCUCUUCACUAUGCUGCUCUGCGAGGCGAUCCACUGGUGAUUCAGGGCUUGCUCUCCCUGCGUGCAGAUCCUGACUGCCAGACGCGCAAGGAACAGUCGCUGAGUGGCACAGUACUGUGGACCACAGCUCUGGCGAUUUGCGUCUUCCACAAGCACAACGAGGCUGCAAGCGUGCUAAUCUCUGCUAAGGCGGAGCUCCACCUGGGCCUGACUCCUGCUCUUCACGUUGCGUCGCAUGCGAACAACCCAGAAGCCAUUCGGAUGCUCUUGCAAGCCGGGUUCCAGCCUGGUACACGGGAUGGUUGGGGUGUGUCAGCCUUGAUGGUAGGCUGUCUGUUUGGAUCGCUUGCAGCAGUUGAGGAGCUGUGUGAGCAAGCACCCACCUCUGUUCAGCCUUGGGACCUGAGUGAGGGCCUGAUAUACAGUGGCAUGUUCUACGGAGUCUCAGCUGACUUUGUGCGGAGGCUCGUGGAGCGGCAAGCGGAUGUUAACCAUCAGCGCCGGAGACCUCUCUUGCCAACCUCGCUCUUGGAGAUCCUGGAGGCUCAAGGUGCUUUGCAAUACAGGCUCGGCAAGAAAGGUGUUUGGGCGACAUACUGUUAUCACGUCAAUGGCCUGACACCUCUGAUGGCAGCAGUGCUUUCCGGGCAGCAUGAGUCCGCGGCUGCGCUGAUUGCAGCCGGUGCAAGGCUGGACAUCACUAAUUCACGCAGCUGGGCAGCUGCGGAAUUUGGCCACGGCCAAUCGCCUUCAGAAUUUCUCCAGCAGGCCUUUCAGGGACGCACAGAAGGCUGCCGAAGAGUUGCGGCAUUGGCCACAGGCUACGUUUCAGAGAAUUUCUGA